AAAGCUCUGCAACCAUUAGCUGGUAUCCCCUCAUAAGAAGAAGUCCAAAAUAGAAGAGUAGUACUGAACCUGAGAAGUAACAAUGGCUACAACACUCUUAGCAUGCGACCCUGCAGAUGAUGAUUACAUUGACAUGGAAGUCAACUCAUACUCCAACUUCUUCUGCCAUUCUCAAUCUUAUCCACAGCCUAGAGAAUUUGAGUUUCAAAUGUCCUCCAUUGUUCAAGAGAAAGAACCAACAACCUCCCCAGCUGAUGAGCUUUUCUACAAAGGAAAGCUCCUCCCUCUUCACCUCCCUCCUCGGUUACAAAUGGUUGAAAAACUCCUUGAAAACUCAACCUCUCCUUUUCACAAAGAAAAUGAUAUCUUUGAGGAGUUCUUUAGCACUCCUCUAGCCACUACCUACACAACACCAAUUGCAGGCACCCCAUUUGAAUCCUGCAACAUCUCUCCAUCAGAUUCUUGCCAAGUUAGCGGAGAAUUAAACCCUGAAGAGUAUUACAACCUUGCCUACCCAACAGAUACGAGUGGUGGAUUUGUUGUUCAAAACCAGAAGAAGUCUUGGACAAAGAAACUGAAGCAGUCUUCACUAGGUUCCAAGUUGAAGGCUUCAAGGGCUUAUCUCAAGUCUUGGUUUGGAAAAUCUGGUUGCUCAUAUGAAACCUAUGCAACCUCAACCAAAGUUGCAGAUGAAGGAUCGGUUUCAAAGGCCAGGGAAAUUUUAAAUAUGCAUGUGCAAGUGGCAAAGAAGAACCCAUAUGGCCAAAUUCACAGGGACAGAUAUCAGUCCUCUAAUUCUGUCAUGAGAAGCUACAAAGAGAAGACAAGUGAGGAUGGAAGUAACCACCACAGAAGGUCUUUCUCGGUCGGCAUAAAAAUUCUUCCAGGGAACAAGUCGUCAUCAUCAUCAUCAUCAUCAUCUUCAUUUAUGUCUGGCUCAACUUCAUUUUCAUUUUCAAACAAAUCAUAUGGAUGCCAAGCUCGCCAGCUACUGAAAAGGUGCAGCAGUGCAAAUUCAGAGAUAGAAAAUUCAAUCCAGGGAGCAAUUGCACACUGCAAGAAGUCUCAGCAAGUGUUGUCUUCAAAGAAGACUGAAAGCGAAGCAGGACUCUACUCGGUGUCUGCAUCAUCUAGAACCUCAGUUUGUGAGGAUCAUGAGAGGGUAGAUAUUUGGAGGGGCUGAUGGGGAAUUGAAGAGUAGUUUUGCUUAUUUUGUAUUCUUCACACAUUGUCUUUCAAUUCAAAAGUAACUUUGGUGAAAGAUAGCUUCAUUCACCAGCACUAAUUUUAGAAACACUCAUUGUUAUCAUGAUGAUGACUGCAGAGUAAGAUUCUUCUGAAAAUAAAAUUCCAACUUUGUGCUA